GCGGGAGCAGAGCCAUGGAGAGGGGAGUCUUCGGGAAAACCGCUGCGGACAGUCUUGGGAGCUGUCUGGUCUAGUCUCGGGAAGUUUACACCUCGGCUAGAAAAUUCUACCCUUGAUGCCUGGGCUUGACCGACAGUAGCAUCCUGGGCUUGAAAGUCCCCUGGGGAAAAUACACCAGAGAAAUUCCUGUGUCUGCAGUAUUGGUGUCCAUUAUUCAGAUGGUUAAAGAACAGAAUCUUUAGCAGCAUUGAAUGUGUUACCGGCAACUGAAAUGGCUUCAUUCCAAAGGAAAGGACUGCAAGCAAGGAUUCUUAGCUCUGAAGAAGAGGAGAAACUGAAAAGAGACCAAGCUUUGGUGUCUGAUUUUAAACAGCAAAAACUGGAAAAAGAAGCUCAGAAGAACUGGGACCUUUUUUACAAAAGAAACAGUACCAAUUUUUUCAAGGACAGACACUGGACCGCCAGAGAGUUUGAGGAGCUAAGAGCAUGUAGGGAGUAUGAAGGUCAAAAAUUGACUUUAUUAGAAGCUGGAUGUGGGGUCGGGAACUGUUUAUUCCCACUUUUAGAAGAAGAUUUGAAUAUCUUUGCCUAUGCCUGUGAUUUUUCUCCAAGGGCAAUUGACUAUAUUAAGCAAAAUCCUUUGUAUAACACAGAGAGAUGCAAAGUAUUCCAGUGUGACCUCACUAGGGAUGACCUUCUUCACCAUAUUCCACCAGAGUCUGUGGAUGCCGUCACAUUGAUCUUCGUGCUCUCAGCUAUUCACCCCGAGAAGAUGCGCCUUGUCUUACUAAAUGUGUACAAGGUAUUGAAACCAGGCAGAAGUGUCUUGUUCCGUGACUAUGGGCUGCAUGAUCAUGCCAUGCUUAGAUUUAAAGCUGGAAGCAAACUUGGAGAAAAUUUUUAUGUCAGACAAGAUGGAACCAGAGCAUACUUUUUUACUGAUGAAUUCCUGGCGCAGCUCUUUGUGGAUGCAGGUUAUGAAGAAGUGGCGAAUGAGUAUGUGUUUCGAGAGACGGUGAAUAAAAAAGAAGGCCUGCGUGUGCCCCGAGUUUUCCUUCAGAGCAAGUUCCAGAAGCCUCCAAAGGACCCAGCCCCUCCCACUGACUGCUUUGCUGAGAAGAGAAGUUUAAACUAAUUUAUAUUUUUUAUUUUGUGAUUUUAAAAAAUUUUAUGUUAUAUUUUUGUACUAAAAACAAACGAAAACUGGGGAGAUGGCUCAGCAGGUAAAGGUGUUGACUGUUCAAGGUUAACAACCUGAGUUUGAGCCCAGGAAUCCUUGGCUAGAAAAAAAAGGCAGAGGCUGGAGAGGUGCCUCAGUGGUCAAGAGUGCUGACUGCUCUUGCAGAGAACUUGGGUUCAUCUUCCGCACCAGAUGGCAGCUCCCUACCAUCUGUAACUCUAGCUCCAUCCCAGGGCCUCAUCAAAUGCCCUCUUCUGGCCUCUGAAGGUGGCACACAGACAUAUAUGCACGCAAAACACCCAAAUUAAAAAAGAAAAAAAUCCAGAUUUGGCAAUUCAAAUCUGCAAUCCUAGUUCUCCUACCUCAAGAUGAGAAGCAGAUGGAAGACUCACCCGGAAGCUCCAGGUCCAGUUGGCCUGGCAGACACGGGAAACCUGGCCUCAGAAAGGUGGAGAAUGAGAACCCACUCCUGAGGACUGUUCUCUGGCCUCCACGUGUGUACAAUCAGUGAGACACGGGAGAUAGGCGAACAAAUCAAGAACUUGCUGAUAAUGGAUUAUAAGACAAUUCUUUGGUACACAUACGGUCUUACCAUUUAUUAAAGACAAAAUCAGAUUUGCAUACUAA